GCACAACACAACACCCAUCAACCGCAGCUUCACCCACGCAGCACACGCUUCGACGACGUCCGCCCUGGUCCCGUGACCCUAUUCUGUUACCAACACACACCCACUGUGUCUUCGCUGCGUUUGCGGGCCGCCGCCAGCAUGAAUGUCCACCAGAACUUCACCACCGCCCCUCCGCAUCUCCUCAACAACCGCAUCUCCCCAACUCGCAACAUCCUCUCGCCCUCCUCUGCCAUGACUGGCCGCAAGCGGAAAGCCGACGACGAUGGCAGCGGCAUCGACGAAGACCGCAUGUCGGCCUCUCCCUCUGCGUCUCCCGCCAUGCUCGCGCGCCCGCUGCCACGACACAUGACGAAGCGGAUGCGGUCCAACAUCUCGGGCCGACCCCUCCCCUUACCACGCCUGCUCGAGACACUCAGCGCCGACGAGAUGCGGAACCUGCUGCAGUCCAUCUGCCAGCGUCACCCGGACAUUGGGAACGAAGUCGUGUCGACAGCACCGCGGCCGAGCAUCCAGUCGACACUGGAGGUCCUGGCAAAAUACGAGUCAGCGUUCCAGGCAGCGUUCCCCUUUGGCGGCCGCUCGUCGUCCGACUAUGCCUUCAACCGAGUCAAGCAGCAGCUCACCGAGCUUCUGGAGUCGCUGAAGGACUUCACACCACACUUCCUGCCACCCUACGAACAGCAGCCUGCCACAUCGCUCGACUUCCUUGACGGUGCUACCGAGGUCAUCCACCGCCUUCCCGAUUGGGACACGUACCAGCACAACCGACACAAGCAGGAGGCGUACGAGGAGAUGGCCAAGGCUUGGGCGAUGGUCAUCCGGGAGGCGGCAAAGAAGGCAGGUGGCAUACAGCUGCUGCACGGCGGGUGGGACCAGAAGAUUGCAAAGCACAACGAAGCCUCGGGCGGGCGGAUGCAAGAGGCCGUCAACGAGCUGCGCGGAAGCUUGGGGUGGAUGGGCGCCAACGUACCGAACCCCGCGGCCGGCGCUUCAGCCGAUGCUAUGUCUAUUCGACAGCAGCUGUUGAGUGGAAGCUAUGGCGCCG